UUGUCCUCACAGUGUCAACGCGAGAGGACUGUAUCUUUUUGUCUCCUCCUCUUUGAGGUGGGCGUUCGGGAUAACGAAGUCCUCAAAAUUUAGGAACAAAAAGAAAAAACCCUCAAAAUUAAUAGCUCAUGGAAUCCAAUCCGCCGCAAUCAGGUGGCAGUCCUCCUAAGCCUUGGGAACAAGCUGGGGCCUCAUCUGGUGCUACUCCAUUUAAGCCACCAUCAGCAGGGAGCACUAGUGAUGUAGUAGAGGCUUCUGGAACUGCCAAACCUGGUGAAAUUGUUUCUACUGCCGAUAGGAAUACAGUUGCUAAUAGAAACUCUCUUGGUAGAUCUGUUCCCACCAGACCCUGGGAGCAGCAAAAUUAUGGAGGCAGUUAUGGAGGUGGAGGCUAUGGCUCUGGUCUAGGUUACGGUUCAGGGUAUGGUUCAGGCACGUACGGUUCAUCUUAUGGUGGACUAGGAGGGUCUUAUGGUAGUGGGAUGUAUGGAAAUGGUAUGUAUAGAGGUGGUUAUGGGGGCCUAUAUGGUGGUGGUACGUAUGGUGGGGGAAUGUAUGGUGGGGGUUUUGGGGGUCCAAUGGGUGGUUAUGGAAUGGGCAUGGGUCCAUAUGGUGGUCAAGAUCCCAAUAAUCCAUAUGAUGCUCCAUCUUCUCCACCAGGCUUUUGGAUUUCAUUCCUCCGGGUGAUGCAAGGUGUUGUAAACUUCUUCGGCAGGAUAGCAAUUCUGAUAGACCAGAAUACCCAGGCAUUCCACAUGUUUAUGUCUGCUCUUCUUCAGCUGUUUGAUCGUACGGGAUUACUAUAUGGGGAGUUAGCCAGAUUUGUGUUGAGACUACUAGGAGUCAAAACAAAACCAAGGAAAAUCAAUCCUGUGGGACCUGAUGGUCACCCUCUCCUGGGUCCCCAUAACCCUCAUGGCAAUCAGAAUUAUAUCGAGGGGCCUAAGGGUGGACCGACCGGUGCAUGGGAUAAUGUAUGGGGUGGAGAUGCCAGCGGCUAGUUUGGUAUCAUAUGGUGUCUGUCCGUCAUCAGCUGGAAAACGUGAAGAAGUUGAAAACCAUGGAUGCAGGAGUGCAAUUGGAGCAGUGUUGCUCAAUACUACAUAGGCUACAUGAGUUGGACGUCCAAGCUUCGAUUGUUCUUUGUUACGUCUUGAAUAAUAUUUUCUCUCUCUCUCUCUUUCUCUCCCCCCUCAAAAUGUUUUCAGAAAAGAGUGUAAUAGACAGGCAGAAUUGUUUGUGCAGUGUUACAGUAGAAAAUAUGGCUGUAGAUCAAAAUAAUACUGGAAAAAGGGGAUUUGUUUGUAGACCUGCCAAUUUUAAGGAUAAAAUAUGAUAAUUUAAUGUGGAAUUACUAU